AUGCUGCUUGGAUGGCUUCUUCGAUUCAUCAGCCAUUAUAAUUGGAUGUACGUGGGAUACAGUGUUGUGCGAAGCAGCGAGAUUAUUCCACUGGUGAAGAGCAUUAUUGCAGGGGCAGAUCAGUUCUUGUGGCAACCUUUUCUCAUGGGCUCCAUCACAUUGGCAGUUCUUCUGAUCAUGAAGCACUUGGGAAAAACUAGGAAAUCGUUGCGUUUUUUGCGAGCUUCUGGUCCCCUUACAGCUGUAGUUUUGGGCACCAUUUUUGUGCAUGUAUUUAGUCCAUCUUCAAUAUCUUUGGUAGGUGAAAUACCACAGGGCCUGCCAGAAUUUUCCAUCCCAAAGAAAUUUGAGUAUGCUGAAUCUUUGAUUUCUACAACGAUUCUCAUUACUGGCGUGGCUAUUUUGGAGUCUGUGGGAAUUGCUAAAGCACUUGCAGCAAAGAAUGGUUACGACUUGGAUUCCAAUCAAGAGUUAUUUGGUCUUGGUGUGGCAAACAUUGUUGGUUCUUUCUUCUCUAUUUACCCUACAACUGGAUCAUUUUCCAGAUCAGCUGUGAAUCAUGAAAGUGGAGCCAAAACUGGCUUAUCUGGAGUAAUUAUGGGAAUUAUAAUGGGAUGUGCGCUUCAAUUCCUGACUCCAUUGUUUGAAUACAUACCACAGUGUGGUCUAGCCGCCAUUGUCAUUUCUGCUGUUAUUGGACUGGUGGAUUAUGAUGAAGCUACUUUCUUAUGGAGGGUGGAUAAAAGAGACUUUCUCCUCUGGACCAUUACAUUCAUCUUUACCUUGUUCCUUGGCAUAGAGAUCGGCGUCCUUCUUGGUGUCGGUGUUUCACUUGCAUUUGUCAUCCAUGAAUCAGCUAAUCCACAUAUUGCCGUCUUGGGCCGUUUACCUGGCACAACUGUAUAUAGAAACACGCAGCAGUAUCCUGAAGCUUAUACAUACAACGGAAUUGUGAUUGUUCGCGUUGAUGCUCCAAUCUAUUUUGCCAAUAUAAGCUACAUCAAAGACAGGCUCCGAGAAUACGAGACUGUAGUUGAUGGACCUAUAAGGCGAGGCCCUGAGGUCGCAGGAAUUCAUUUUGUCAUUCUUGAGAUGGCUCCUGUCACUUACAUAGACUCUAGCGCUGUUCAAGCUCUAAAAGACUUGUACCACGAAUACAGAUCACGUAACAUCCAGAUAGCCGUUUCCAAUCCAAAUCGAGACGUUCUGCUGACUCUAACAAGAGCCGAGGUGGUCGAUCUAAUAGGCCGAGAAUCACAUGUGCAGAGCUUAACCGAUUCUUCCAUGAGCCAAUCUCCAUUGCUAGAGAAGAAAUCAAGCCUCUUCAAUCGACUGCUGAAACAGAGAUCAGAAGAAGCAGCCCUGUCUCAGUUGGAGUCGGGAAAUCGGGAGAUCUCCGCCUCGAGAGACGACGCCGGCCAUCUGGAGCCACUGCUGUCAAAGAAGACCUGA